UACUAUUCUUCCCGACGAGAUAAGGCAAAACGUUCUCUUUUUGCAUCGUUAUAUACGGGGGGACUCAUCGGCUUCUAGUGCAACAACCUUCAACUCCCGGCGCGCGAACGUGCACACACUCGCACGUGAAAAACUGAAAAGGAAAGGUGUAUAUAGGUAUCCCCGACACAUCGUGUUUUAUCCAGUCUCUGCUGCACGCACAUACGUAUAUACGAGGGACAAAGACAGAGAGAGAGAGAGAGAGAGAGAGAGAGAGAGAGAGUCUCUCUCCCCACCACUCGGCGCCAUCAGUCAGCCGCCGCGCGAGCGAGAGUAUAGCGCGCGCGCACGCCGAGCGCCGAGCCGUGUCCCGAGCUGAGCCCGCGUAGCGCAGUCCGAGAUCGGCGAGCGCACGGUGUAGUGCAGUCAUCAGGAGAGAGAGACCGACUGAGACACGGCGGACACAUAAUAUAGUAUUAUUGUUUUACCUAUAUACCUACAUACAGAGAGACAAUAUAUAAUUAUACAUUAUACAGUGGUGUGCUUUCGCCCAAGCGUUCUCACCUACGCAUAUAUAUAUAUAUAUAUAUAUAUAUAUAUUCCGGUGUGUGAUACUAUUAUAACCUCGCUGCCGUGUGGACAACGGGAGAUCGGUACAUACACGCUUGUAUAUAUCGAGAGUGAUAGUCGCGCGCUACCGCGGCGGCGUCACGCCUUUUUCGCUGUGUUGUUUUUUCCUACCGUUGCCGCUGCUGCUGCACCGACCGAGACACGGACUGGCUGAUUAAUCCCGAGAGCGGAUUAUUCAUCGCUCGGGAAUACAGUGCGCGUAGACCCGUUACACGAGGCUCGUAUAUGAAGGAGAAAAUCGUAGUCGAAGAAAGAAGAAGAAGACACAUCAUGGAGGCCCGUUCCUGGCGUCUGGCGACGGUCGUGCUGCUGCUGUCGCUGCUGCUCUCGCACUUCGCAGCUCAAGCGGAAGCUCAGAAGAUGGACCAGUACAUGGAGAUCCUGCCCAGUGGAGAGAAGCAGACCAAACCAGUAGGCUCUAGCAUCCUGAUGACCUGCAAACCCAGAGUCGCCGACACCAAGCUCAUCACCGACAUCCAGUGGAUCGACCCGCAGAACAGAGCCAUCGAGAGCCUCAACAAUUCACCGGGAUACUCGAAGCCUCCGAUGUACACGGAGUUGCAUCCCCAGGACAACAGCAUCUCGCUGUUCUUCAACUCGCUGCAGGAGGAUCAGGCUGGUCAGUACAUCUGCAGGGGCACCUACGCCAAUACCGAGCUGCUCAGCAAAACCGUCAUCAUUGAAACCAUCGUCGCGAUCACGUGGGAUGACGCGCCACUGAACCAGUUCCCCAUUCUUGGAGAGGACUUCGCUAUCAAGUGCCAGGUACGUGCCAGGCCGUCACCAAAGGUCGAUUGGCUCUUCAAUGGUGAAGUUAUCAGAACCAACGACCACUACGUCAUCGAGACCCACGCUCUCAGGAUCAAGAACGUCAAGGAGUCCGACGAUGGCAUCUACACUUGUCGUGCCUCCGUCGAGCAGACCGGAGAGCUCCAGGAACGCGCUAUUCGAGUCGAGGUGCACACGAGGCCCAGCAUCGUGGAAGCCGAGAACUCGGUGUACGAGGUGACGGAGGGCGAGAGCGCGCAGAUCCUCUGCAAGGGUACCGGCAAACCCCCACCAAAGUUCACCUGGAUCAAGACCCUGACGAAGGAGAACCUCGCGGUUACCGACCGUUUCAGCGUCAACGAGGACACCGGACUCCUGACGAUCAGCAACGUCAAGCGCGACGACAGCGGCGAGUACCAGUGCACCGCUACCAACGCCGCUGGCAUGGCCAUCAUGAACAUCCAAGUGAACGUCAUCGUCAAGCCCAAGAUCAUGGAAUUCCUCAACCAGACCAUCGCCCAGGGCGAGAAGACCGUCUUGUCUUGCAAGGCUUUCGGCAAACCCCCACCGACCAUCACUUUCCGCAAGCACACCUCCGAGAAGCCCUUCAUCCGCGGAGUUCAGCCUGAGGAUGACAGGAUUCACCUGACCAACGACUUCGACGAUCAGCAGGGCGAGACUGUCGGCAACCUCACCAUCGAUCACACUCUGAGAUCCGACGACGGCCUGUACGAGUGUAUCGCCAAUAACAAGGGUGGAAUGGCCUUCAAGAACGGACACCUGACUGUCGAGUUCCCGCCGUCGUUCGCCUCGAUGAGCAACCGCACUAUCUACUCGUGGGACAACCGUCCAGUCAACCUGACCUGUAUCGCCGAGAGUAUACCCAACGCGACUAUUCACUGGACGUACUACGGUAACGACAAGGUCGAAAACGACCAGCAGAUCACGGUCUACGACAACGGCCCGAUCUCUUCGCUCUACAUCAAGCCGCUAGACAGGAGGUACUACACUCAGUACAAGUGCCAUGCCAAAAAUAGGCUAGGCGAAGCUAUUCACGUGAUGGAGCUCAGGGAGGCUCCCAAGCCCGCCGACAUUCCUCAAGUCUCGAUGAUCGACACCACUGCCACGACCAUCACCUUCAACAUCGUCCCGCCGGUUGCACCAGUUGACCUACCCAUCAGGACCAUCUCUGUGCAAUACAAGGUUCAGAACCAGCCCUGGACCAUGUCUAAAAACCGCACUUGGGCUGUUGGUUCUCGUGCCGGCUACGUCAUCGAAAACCUCGAGCCCCAGACGACCUACGAGUUCCGUUUCGCGGCAUCCAACGAAGCCGGUCGGGGCAACUGGGCUCAGCACAAGAACUUCGCGACGACGAUGCGCAGUGUGCCCGGCAGAGUAAAGUUCCUGCCGCGUCCUGGACCGAACGACGAGUACAUCAAGUCGCCCUUCCACGAUAGAUACAAUCUCAAGUGGACUCAGGCGCCCGACAACGGUGAGCGCAUCGACUACUACGAGGUCAAGUGGUGCGAGGUCAAGAAGUACAGUGGAGACGAAUGGGUAGAGCAGGGCAACUGUCAACAGAAGACCGAAAUCAAGCAGGAGACAUGGGUCACAGAAUUGUACCCGGACACUUACUACAAAAUCGGAGUCAAGGCUCACAACUUCCUUGGUCUGGGAGAAGCGCAGAACAUCACUAUUAAGACUACCAGAGAAUCUGAGGGCUUUGUAGUGGAUGAAAAGAUAACGUCUGGCGGAGUCGCCAUCCAGCUCGCCGUGGUCAUCGUCGCAGCCACUCAAUUGAUCUUAUCUCUAGCCAUUUAAAGAAAAGCAUCAACAGGAGUUUAAACGAAUAAUACAAAGCGAAGAAAAAAUAACUCGUAAUAUCCCGAAUCUCGUCAAUCAACGGAGCGCGAUGAAUAGUUCACGCUCGAUAAGACACAAUGAAAAGAGAAUAACUAUAUAUUUAUCUCACGAUACUCGACAACGCCGUUGUUACAUUAUCCGUCGAAAAUCUCCGUUCUUCCGAAAAAGUAAAAAGAGUCGAGGUCGCUGCAUAGAAAUGCGGAGAGCGCAGAACUAUAGGGUAUACAGACAGUCGUCGCGCCUAGUUGUUUUGCAUUCUCUCGCUGUUCGCGAGCGCGAGCAAGAUCAGUACGCGGCGAACGCAAACUCAAUUACCACUCAUCGAUUGCCUUAGCGUAGGGUCACGUUGGAGAUUCGUGCUGUAUACAUUCCGAUGCGAAAAGAAUACAAGUAAAGAGAAGGAGGGAAAAAUGAAAACCAAAUCCGUUGCAAAAACCAAGCGAGGAGAGUGCGAGAGGAAGGUUGGCAACCGUUGAUAUUCGACGGUAAGCCAAGCGUACAUUAUACGAUAUUCGCGUUGAAUGCUCAUUGUUAAAAACGUACUGGUACGUUUCUUAGUUACUUUGCGCGUUACAUACGCUCUCGCAGAGAGAUACAUCUUUUUUUGUUCUUUUGCAAUCUCGUCUUUCACACGCGCGCGCACAACAGAAGCAUAAGCGCGUACUCGGUGCGAUUUAUACCGAUGAGCCUAAUAAGGAGAGAAAUUAAAAAUUAAGAUGCCUUACAUUGCCAAAUGCCUAGUGUUUACGGAUAAAGUUUCUCGCGUGCAGGCGGGAAGACUUAUCGGAGGCUCGAAUCGUAUUUUUAGAGAAUCUUUACAUAGUUUGGAGAUUAUAAAUUUUUAGUUUGAAUUCGAGAUCUUUGGGUACUUUUAAUUCGUGUUUGUUUUAGUAAGCCUAGCUUAAGAGUAAGUUGUUUUCGAGUGUUUGAGUGAAAGAGAGAAAGAGAGAGAUAGAGAAAUUGAAAGUAUCCACUACGCCGAAAUUGAAUCAUUUACUCAAAGUAUACUGAAUACACACAAUUACAUUUUCGUUUGAUCAUUGUUAACAUAACAAAUCAAACACCGCUCUCGAAGCGAAAAUCCGCUUUUAAUGAGAGCACGUAGAAUAUACGAAUCCAAGAUCUGGAUUAAAAUCAUCUCGAAAAGAAGAAAGAUCACACUACAAAUUAUUGUGUCUAACAAUGCUGAAUUCUUUAUCUUUUUUGUGUUUAAUAACCUUACUAUAUUAUUUGUUUUUCUUUUUUUCAAAAUUAUGUUUAUCUUUUCCUUUUUAUUAUUACAUUUUCCUUGCGUUUUUUUCUUCUUUUUGAUCUUAUCAGUCACUAUAGUUGUCUGCUUGUCUAGAAAUAUUUGUCCGUCGAGCCCGCGUUAUUAGAGCGCAUGAUUUUUGAAUUUAUUAGAAUAUACUAAGAUUAUAAUUUACUGCUCUAUAUGGUUAUCCAGUUUCUUAAUUUUCUCCUGCAUCAUAUAUUACAAAUAAUUUUUAAUUACUAAUGCUGUACAAUACGUCAUAUGCCGUAGAUAUCCCCAACGCAUUUUAGACCAAUAGCUAUAUCGUCAUACAAUAAGUUAGAUAUUUCUCACGAAUACAUAACAAUAUCAUCACGAAGCAUUAUUAAAGAGAACGUGUCAUCGUUUACCACAGCCUAAAAGCAAUGUCCUAGUUAUCGGCACCGCUCGCCAAAGCUGCGUCAAUAAUUUAAUUUCCACGUAAAAGCCAAAAUUAAUAGUGUUCGUAAUUAGGACAUUAACGAGGUUCGCUAUGUAUGUGUAUGUACGCUCUCGUGCGCUGCUGUGUUAUACGCUCCCUCGAGCAUUCGCUGAAUUUUCUUUAAUUAAACUUUAGCGCCUUUUACUUUUAAGAGUAGCCCGAGCUUUAUAAGUAUAUAAGAGAAAGGGUGCAGGAUCCAGCAAAAUAAAGAAGAAAAGGAAGAAAAAAAAUCGACGCCGCGUCUGGGAAUUUUCUGAAGCUCUAAAAGUGAAUCGCGUCGUUUCCAUUCUUACCGGGUAAAAUCGACGACGCGAUGCAUGGCAUGCGCUUGAUUGCUCCUUCCUUUUUUGCGUAGCGACUAUAUCGUCUCGCUGUUUUAAUUAGCGUCGUUUGCCUGCGCUUCGCUGUAUAUACACUCGCAGAGCGCCGAUCGAUUUUUACUGUACAAGACGGUCGACGGAUGGACAUUUCUUUUUAGCGGCGACUUCCUUUGAAAUAACUUAAUUUACCUCGCCGGGGAGCGAAGUCCCUCGCUCUUCUCGAUUUUAAGCGCUCCAUUUGAUUUUACACCUAUUGUCGAAAAAACUUUUGAACCAGCGCUUUUUACGGUUCUCGCGCGCGGAGAGUGGAUUAUUAUCACAAGCCAAAACACCGCCGACUUCGCUCCCGCAAUUUUAUUUUGAAUUUACUUUUCUUUAUGUUCCACCAAUCAUAAACUUUGUUCCAGUUUAAUGCCUCUCAGAGUCAAUUGAAAGAAGAAGUAUAAAAAAAGAAAGCAAUAUAACAGAGAAGGAAACUUUGUACCAGAAUAGUAUCGGUUCUAUUAAUUGCCGGGGAGAGCUUUCGCUCGCUCUCGAGCCUCGUAAAGCGAAGGAAGGGAAAUAAGCUCUGUAACGAUGUGAAUGAAAGUGAAAUUCCUCCCGGUACACGCCAGCUCGAUUUCCGUGUCGCCGAGGCGUGAUUCGCCAGGUCCUUCACUCUCACUUAUGCGCUUAACGGUAGCCAGUUUUACGGGGCUCGCGUAGCUCGUUUCCGCAAAUAGAAUCGAAAGCUUUGCCCGGCAAGAGAGAGUAUUGUAUCGCGCAUCGCGAAAUGGAAGAACUCUAUGGACUGUGUGUGUAGCGUCUGUGUACAUCGAGAAUUGCGUCGUUCGAUUGUACUGUUAUGUCGGCGCCGAAAGAGGAAAGAAAGAGAAAACCGCGAAGAGCCUAUGGUUUCGUUGUAUAAUUUUAGGAGGUGUAAUCGUCGUUGUUAUACUGUAUCGGGCUUUCGUUUGCCAACUUUUCGCGCUACACGAUUCUCGAGGCGUAUAAAAGGCAGGCGCACGAGGCGUAAAUUAUAAAAAAAAAAAUAUAUACACUGGCGUAUAGAGAACCUUGUUGCUGUAGGCAGCGGUAGUCGUACACAUGUAUUAUAUCAUAUAGAGCGGUCGUAUACGAGCGUACAUACUAUACACAUACGCAUAGAUGUCUGUGUUUUUGGCUUGAGCCAGUACAUAUACAUACAUACAGUACGUAUACAAUAAGCAAAAAAAAAAAGAGAAAGAAGAAAAGAGAAAUUUUUUUGUCUGCGAAGCAUUUAUUACUGUACAUAAACACAACACUUAUACAUAGAGAUACGUGAAGUAUUGAAAGAAAAGAAAAUAUAUAGAACGUCCAGAUGGAAAACAAAACGCA